AUGGCAGACGCGGGGGAUCUCACGGCAGCCUCCUCGGGGGCGCUUGCCGAGAAGAUAAAAGAGUGGACUCCUGAGAUGAUGAUGCACUCUUUCAAGGUUGAGCUCUGCACGGACGAGGCGGCUCACGACUGGCUUGAGUGCCCCUAUGCCCACCGCGGCGAGAAGGCAGCAAGGCGCGACCCGGCCACGCACAACCACGUCGGCGUCAUCUGCCCAGACAUCCGCAGGAGCGGCCGCUGCCCCCGCGGUGACAGCUGCCCCUACGCUCACUCCGUCUUCGAGCUGCACCUGCAUCCUAACCGCUACCGCACCCAGCUCUGCACCAUGGGUGCAUCUUGCCGGCGCCCGGUCUGCUUUUUCGCGCACACCGUGGAGGAGAUGCGCAGCCCCCCGGAGGGUGCCUCCGCGGCCCCGGGCGCCCCGCCUGGCGGCGCAGGCGCACCUGUACCCCCGCCGCGUGGGCUGUCGUUUGACCUGUCCGCUGACGGCGGCGCCGCGGCCGCUGCCGCUAUGCGCGCAGCAGCCGCGGCGCCGGUCGGCGGCCGCGCAUCGCUGGAGUCCUCGGCUGCUGCGGCCGCUGCGGCUGCUGCGGCGAUGAAGACAACCUCGUUCGGCGCGCUUGGGUCGCUGGGGCGCCCAGCACCAGCCACCCCUGCGGCGCUCGCAGCGCCGGGGCGCCCGCCAGCCGGCCGCAUGUCGUUCGACGCGCUGGUGCGCCCGCGGGCGGUGCCCGUGGCCGGGCGCCAGGUGCCGCCGCAGCAGCGCUCGUCCCUGGACGAGUCUGCGCUGAGGCGCCUGUCGCUGCCGUCCCUGCUGCCCGCGGAGCUCGGGUUCACCGCCGACGACAGCAGCUGCGGCAGCGCCUCCGACUCGCCCGUGGCGGAGUCCGCCCCUUCCCCCGGCCUCGGCUCUGUGCACGGCUCUGGCGCGGCGCUCGCGCCGCAGACGCCGCCCAACGCCGCGCCGUGGCUUGCGGCGGGCGCGCACCACCCGCAGCAGGUGCGCGCUGCGAUCGCGCUGCUGGAGCGCGGCAGCAGCAGCGACGCGUCAUCCUCGGCCUCGUCCACGGCGUCCCCCUCCAGCAGCGCCGGCGGCCGCCGCCGCGCUGGGCUUGACGGCGGCUCCAGGCCGCCCCCGAGCGGCGGUUGGGGCGCCACCACGGCCGCGCAGCCGGGCGCCCCUGCGCAGCAGAUGCUUAGUGCGCUGCUCGUGCAGCAGCAGUGCGAGCAGAUGGCCGCGCAGCAGUGCGAGCAGAUCGCUGCGCAGCAGCGCGACCGCCUUGCGGCGCACCAGCACCUGCAGGCGGCGCAGGCGGCGCAGCAGCAGCAGCAGGCGCUGCAGCACCAGCAGGCGCAGCAGCACCUUGCUGCGCACCAGCAGGCGCAGCAGAUGCACCUGAGGCAGCAGCAGAUUGCGGAGCAGCAGAAGACCGUCGCGCUGAGCGCGCUGUGGCUGCAGGAGCGCCGCGCCGCCGCAGCGGCCGCCGCGGCCGUCCACGCCGCGCAGCAGGAGACAAACGCGCUUGCUGCGCUGCGCUGGGGCCUGGCCAUGCAGCAGCAGCUGCCACCGGAGGUGCUGGCAGGCAUGGCGGCGGCAGGGGCCGCUGCGGGCGGCGAGAUGGGGCCGGCUGGCGCGCCGCCAGACCUGAUGGCUCUUGCCAGUCACCUUCACCUGAUGCGGGCGCAGAUGACGUGA